GUCGUUAAAUCAAAACGAUGGCGGACGAUGAUGAUAAACCUAAAAAACACACGUUGGAAUCUUUAUUUCACUUGUAUGCAAACAAUAUUGUUGUAUCCAUGGAUUUGGACAAUGAAGAUUACGAUUGCAUUUUGUUGUCACAAAUUGAUUAUUGGCUUGAUCAGGCAAAACUUUUGAAAACAACUUUUACUCUGACAGAGACGGGUUUGGCAUAUAUGGAAUUUAGAAAAUGGCGCUUGGAUUAUGAAGAAUUUUUAGAUUUCUUAGAAAAAAUCUGUGUGGGGAAAACGUAUUCUGUUGAUGAUGUCAAGACAAUGCUAUUGGAAGCCGGUGUACCAGGUUCAAGUGAUGUCGUAAUUGUGAAAUAA